UAUUGUAAACAAAAUGGCGACGGUGAAGGGAAAGUCGCAACCCCACGGGGGAAUCGUUAGAAUAGGAUGUUACGAAAUUGAUAGAACCAUUGGAAAAGGAAAUUUCGCCGUCGUCAAAUUGGCUACUCACAUGUACACUAAAACAAAGGUUGCCAUUAAGAUUAUAGAUAAAACACAGCUUGAUGAUGAUAACAUGAAGAAAAUUUACAGAGAAAUACAAAUUAUGAAAAUGUUGAAGCAUCCUCACAUCAUUAGACUUUAUCAGGUAAUAGAAACAGAGAGAAUGUUAUACUUAGUAACAGAAUAUGCCAGUGGUGGUGAAAUAUUUGAUCAUUUGGUGGCACAUGGUAGAAUGAAUGAAAGAGAAGCAAGAAAGAAGUUUAAACAGAUAAUUGCAGCAGUAUCAUAUUGCCACAGUCGUCAAAUUGUACAUCGUGAUUUAAAGGCAGAAAAUUUAUUACUGGAUGCCAGUCUUAACAUUAAAAUAGCUGAUUUUGGUUUCAGUAAUUACUAUAAUCAGAAUUGUUGUUUAAAGACAUGGUGUGGUAGUCCACCAUAUGCAGCUCCAGAACUCUUUGAAGGGAAAGAAUACAGUGCUCCUAAAGUUGAUAUAUGGAGUUUGGGUGUAGUAUUAUAUGUAUUAGUGUGUGGUGCUCUUCCAUUUGAUGGCAGUACAUUACAGAGUCUACGGAGUCGUGUAUUAAGUGGCAAAUUUAGAGUACCAUUUUUCAUGUCUACAGAAUGUGAACAAUUAAUUAAACAGAUGUUAACAGUAGAUCCUAACAAAAGAAUAACAAUGGAGCAAAUUAUUAAACAUAAAUGGACGAUACUCGCUGGUGAAGAUAUAGACUUUGAUGCUUUAAUAUUAGAAAAUAAUCGUCCAUCAGAUGUAGAUCCUGACUUAGAAAAUCUUAAUGAACAUAUCAUAGCUCAUAUGGAAAGUAUAGAUCUAAAUAGAGAACAAAUUUUUAAGUCUGUGAAAGAGCAGGCUUAUGAUUACCAUAGUGCAAUAUAUCACUUAUUACAAGACAAAUAUAAAAAACAUCCAAAGACAAUACAAAAGACAAUUGUACCACAAAAUCUGCCAUUAGCCGUGGUGUCCACAGAAAGACGGUCCAGUAUUACUACAGGUAUUGUGAUACCAGAGUUUCAAGCUACUGAUGUAAAAGAUACCAAGCCUGCUACAAUUCCCUCCAUUCCAGCACAACUGCGGUUUUAUGCACCUGCAGAAGAUAGUAGUGUUAGUGAGUCUGAAGACAGUAACAGUCAGAAUUCUGAUUCUGAGGCAGAGGAGCCAUCACCAGAAGCAUUAGCAAGAUAUCUAGCAAUGAGACGACAUACUGUAGGUGUAGGUGAUUCCCGACAUGAAGUUCCAGAGAAUGAACGAUUAAAACUUGCCAAUCAUCAGCCCAUUAUUGCAAUGCCACAACCCAAUCUACUCAUGCCAUUUAGUUUCUUGCCACAUAUCAAUUUGCCGCAGACCAAUUUACCAUAUGUACAGAAUGAAGCCAUGCAAAGUUAUCCAGGCAUAGGGGAACAACAUUUGUUACAACCACCUGCAUUCACAGGACUUGGUGGUCGGAGGGCUUCAGAUGGUGGUGCUAACAUACAUUUAUUCAAUCGUCAAAUGUAUGGUAACAGUUUACCAGGAAGUCCUGGAAGUCAAGAAACACUUGCUACAUCUCCACUGUCACCUUCUGGUUUACAUCUACCUACACCUCCUCUACAUGGCUCAAUAACAGUAGAAGAGGAAGAAGGUUCUGAUCAGGAACCAGAUCCUGAAGCAGUUCAAAGGUAUCUGCAAAAUAGAGGUCACCGUCAAAGACAUACUCUUGCAAUGUCUAACCCUAUGAGUGAAAUACCUGAGGAAUUACAAAGAAAAUUAUCUCUACAGCAACCUCUACGUUCUGGUCGACGAGGUAGUCACUUCCAAGAGAGACAAGCUGUUGUUGGUAUGUAUGAUCAGACUGUGGUCAGGAAUGGCAGGGCUCCUUCUCCUAGUACAUUAAGAGAACCAAUAAACUCAUUGCAUUUACCAAACGAGAGAUUUUCUCCAGUACGUCGAGCAAGUGAUGGUCUGCAGAAUCUCAGCAAGUUUCAGUCACUUCAUUUAGAAAAGAUCUACAAUCAGACGUUACAGUCUUCAUCGAGAAAUAACAGUUCAACUAGUCUUAAACAGUUACAGCAUGAAUGCCAAGAAUUACAAAAUACUGUAGGGAAUCGUGAUCCAAUGAAAGAAUCAGAACUUCAGCAACAGCACUCAUUACACAGAUUUCAUCAAUCAUUACAGGGUUCAGCAAUUCAGCAUUCCCCUAUUCCCUCACCCCCAUUAGUGCCUGGGUCUCCCAGUUUUCAGCGACACAAUCAACCUAGUCAAGAAUUAUAUCAGCAUCUACAGAGACUUCAUCUCCAGAAUCCUAUUCGGAAUAGUCCACCCUCAGGCAAUCAGAGGACAGACUCUCCACCUCAGAGUUAUAAUCAACUCUUCCAAGUCUUUCCACAGCCUCAUCAGAGGAGCAGUCCCCCACCAAAUUUAGCAAAUUUCCAGAAUCUGCAAUCUAUUCGUGAAGAUUCACAGGAUCAUGCUGAUGAGUCACCUCGUUGUGAAAGUGAGGAUGAAAUGCAAGUUCAAGAUAAUAUCUGUGAUAAAAAACAGCAAAAAUUUACACAAAAGCCACAAAUCAGUAUUACCGAUACACAUGGUCAUGUGACUGAUGUGACAUCGGAUAGUGAUCCUUCAAUGGAGGACUCAGAUUCUCACACAGAAACGUCGCAUAGUUCACCUGAACGACAGUUUACCACGACAACAACACACAGCUCACAACAUCAGCCCUAUACAACUACACAGAGUAGAUCUCAUCAACAGGCAACAACUGUUCACAGUACUCCCGCUCAGCAAGCAUCUGAUCAACGGACAGGGCAUUAUCAAACAUUCCAGCAGUCAGUACCUUUAAACUGUCGUGUAUUUGGUAAUAUUGUAAAUACAAACUUGGCAAACAUCCCUGCCGCAGAACCGGUUUGGGACAACACUCAAAUAGCAUAUCUCCAGCAACUACAGCAUUCACCAUAUAUUGAUGCCAAUAGUUUUGUACAGUUUCAAAUGAAUCAGUUUUACAAUGGAGAUUUAGUUCAUCGCCUUCAUUCCCAAGAACCAAGUAUCAAAUCAAAUUCAAACAUUAAUUUGACUUCAACUCGAACUGUAGAAGACAUUCAGUUAGAAAUUAAAAGAAUCUUAUUGAAACGAGAACGAGUAAUAGAACGAGAACGUGAGCGAGUCUAUCAAUGUUCAGACACUGUAUUCAAAGUUGAAAACUCUGACGUAGAAUUAGAAUUAGAGGUAUGUGAGGGGGUUACAUAUAAUGGAUUACAGGUACGACGGAUCUCCGGCGAUAAAGGACAAUACACUCAGCUUUGUGAAGAAUUACUGUCUGGCAUCAACUUAUAACAGUAGUAUAUGGUAUAAAUAAACAUUAAAUUAUAACAGUAUACAUCAUACAAAUCCUGUAUCUGUAGGAACUUUUCCAUUUUUAUUUUAUUAAUGUCAGUAGUGUGCUUUACUAAAUGGAAACAAGAAGUUCAGUUAUUUUUUCUGUCAUCAUGAAAAGGUGGUCCACAAAAAAAUGGGAAUUUGAACAUAUCUCAUAUUUCCAUAAAACAUGUAAAAUGUUCCAGUUUUUUUAUAAAUCUAAAGAAUAAAUACAUAGUUGUACAUCAGCAUUGUAGAUUUGUCUAUACCAGUUAUUCUAUAUCUGAAUCGUUGUAUUCAAAUUAUUGAUCUUUUA